AUGUUUUCUAUCAAUAAGGGUCUCCAGAAGCAAAACCUCCCAAAGUUGAAGGAUGUACACGAAUUUUGGGUUUUGGACCCCCAGGGACGACUAAUCUCUAACUUCUUCGCGUCUCUGGAUCCUUUGCCUCCCACAUCCCCAGAUCUUAACACCGCUGAAGCAGGAGAUCAGCGAGAGAACUCACAACUGGGUGGAUCGAAUUGCCCGAGUGAUCGGUUCACAGACCCGGGCAACGAGACCUUGAUGAACAUUACCAACCUCAUAUCAUGCUCGACCAGAAGUUUAAAGAUUAGUCAAGAGAAUAUCAAGCGUCAGCAGGGCCGCAUACCUACCUUUGAUGAGGAGCACGAAAUCAGGGGAACAAUUCCAGUAUCGACAAUCCGUACAUACUGUCUGCAGCGGUCUUUCGUUACUAAAUUCUCUGAGUUCGAACCUCUCUCCGGCCUGACUGCCUUAGACUUUUUACGAGAUCUCGAGUUCAGUAGGCGAGACCAUCUGCGAGCAGUAGGAAAACGGCUGUCUCUGACGAUGCACAACUGGCGAACGGCUCUCAUAGAUGAGGACAAAGCACUGGAAUGGAUGGAAAGAGCGCAAGCGCGUGACAUGAAAGCUCAAACAUUGUAUGCCGACCUGUUCGUCAACUUGAGGAUCUGGAUUAUGAUCGCAACGCUAGUCGACGAGGACUUUUACGAGGCCAAUGCUUUAGCGAUGUUGAACACCCUCUUCCCACCGGUCGUCAAUGAAACCCCAGACGCUUCUUUCGACCCCAACACAUUGCUGGAGCUCAGAUCUAAAUAUUUCGAGUAUCUGCAUGACAUGAGGACAGGAUCUACAAAGAUAUCUGAAACUCUCGACAUGUACCACAAGCCAAGCCACCUGAGAUCAUGGUUCCGGGUUCGAGAGACCGUCGACGAGUACCUGAACGUGGCGGAAGCCAUGAUCGAAGGGGUGAGAGGCAUCAAUAACGUGAAAGACAUGGUGGUUUUAGGCACAAAAGUUCCUGUUCUGAACCCCACGGAAGUUGCCGCAAACCCAAGUCCGAAGACAACAAAGGCUCCAAGAAAGAUGUUGAGUAUGAUCAAUUUUCGCCCUGGUAGACACGCUAGCUCACAGACCGUCUCUGGCACGAACCUUGAAGGCUUGUAUCCAACAACUUUGUAUUCCCAUUCGACAGCUGAUGUACAGCUCACAAAGCAGCCACAGUUGGGCCAGUCGACUGGUAACCUGGGAGGGAUUCACAAGUCAAGAAUCGACGCGAAAGUUGAUUCCAACACAAACAAGACUACCUCAGCUGCUACUCAGCCAAAGAUUGACCCUGCAGCCCUCGCGCACGCGGAAAGAUCCCUCACUUCUCCGGUCGCAUAUCAUCCAAAGGAUGAUAGUGCAUCAAGCACACGAAAUCGUGCUCCAACUCUCAAAUAUCUCGGAUUUAUUCCCCCUAUCGAUGCACCCGAGAGGCUUAGCGAGCGUGCCUUCGCUUUAGAUCCGGCGACACCUUCCCCAGAGUCUGGCCCGUUCGAAGUACAUAGCAGGCUUCCCACUGAGACCUCUGUCGAAGGAAUUGGAAGAUACAAUUCAAUUUCUCAACCACGUCGCCCCCGAACAUCAAAAGAGGUAGUUUCGACGCUGGGCAAUUCACCCAAUCGUGGGAAACUGCGAAGAAGCUCACUUCUUAGAUCAAUGGAGAGCCUUCACACCACUCCUACAAUUCCAAGAAGCCCAUUAGAGUCUGUGGAAGAGAACACACAAGUCUUAACAACGUCUGUCGAUCUAGACACUCCAGAAAGCGGAAAAUCGUUGAGAAAACCUAGCCCUCGCUUAGAUACCGCAGGACCUCCGCCAGAUGUGCCUCUGCCGCCAAAACCUUGGAACAGUCCGGAACAGUCACUGGUAUCAGCUUCAAAGCAGGUUGAUCGUGGAAGGAAGUCAGUAUCGGAGAAAAGCGACGGUGCGGACUCGGUUGUUGUUAACAAGGUUGUCAGCAACGUAACCGCUCCCGCGUCUGCUGCAACACCACUCGCUUCCAGCCCUCCAAAUAUUGCGUACCCACGUCAACGCGUGCUGAGUUUGGAUUACCAAUAUCAACGAGCAGAUCCGCCCCGUCCGGUUCCUCGUAAUGACAAUUAUGAGUUCCUCAAUCACGACCCCUACUUUAUCCCCCUGGAUACUACAACUCGAGCACCAACGUUAAAGAAAAAAGGCAGUCUAAGCAGUUUGUUUGUCCGGCAUAAGUCGUCCGCAAGUUCAAUCAAGGAGGAGUUCGGCCGGGGAAACCCCUUGGGCAUCUUUAGUAAGAUUAAGAACAGUAGCAGCAAGAAAAAGGGCGGCGCAGGACAGAGAGAACCGCCACCUCGCCAUACCCCGCGAUCGGCAGGAUGUGGAAGGCUACCUAGCCGUGAUGUUACGGAAGAGGAAUUCGACUUCGUAACCCUCUGGUCCAACGUGACAUACCCGCCGAGACUUGAUGCGUAUACCGUAUCGCCACCAGCUGAAAAUGAGCAUCCCUCAACACCUCAGGCAAGAUCAAGGAAUUUCUCCAGACCCUGA